CUAUAAUUUUUGCAUAUCUACUGUGGAUGUGAACGCGGCAUAAUACAAAGAGGGUUGGACAAACCUGCGAAUUGUGUUGUAUAUCACCAACGUGGUUAUCAUAACAAUUGUAAGAAAAGGAUGGAGGACUUUGUAUCAACGCGUGGAUCCCAAAUCAAGAAAACCGCGACGAGUGAUUACAUAUCUGUGAAUUACGUGGCACCAAAGAAAAAGUCAAAAUUUGCAAAUGACUUGGAUAACGAGACACUCAAGAAUAAAUUAUCAGCGAAACCAACACCAGCCGAGUUGAAGGAGCAGCAAGAAAAAGAAAUGAAAAAAUUGCGAUAUGAGGUUAUUAAAUUUGGUAUGUCCGGUUUUGACAAGCCAAAGGCGAAGAAAGCAAAGGUUGAGCUUGCUAUUAGUCUAGGUGCAAAACCUCCUAAGAACAGGAGGCAGAAUUACAAUGUAUUAAAAACGCGUCGAAAAAAAGAGAAGGAGAGAAAGACACAGGAGGGACAUAAGUCUGGACUUACCAAUAGUUUACUCAAACCAAAAUUCAAGAAAGCACAGAAGAAAGACAGCAACAUUCUAAAGGUUUAUGGCAAGAUAUCGAAGAAUGUCUUGGAUAAGCAAAAAAAAAGUUGAAUUAAUCAGCAGAAUCGGUUUCUAAAACAUGAAACUUUGCUGAAGAUACUAGAGUCAAGGAAAAGAAGUUCAGAAUAAACUAUCUUGUAAGGAUUGUUAAAUAUAAAAAUGUAUAUUUGUAAAUUUUUGUAAUUUUGUUAACUCUCCAAUUAGAUAUUUUUAAUCGGGUUAGAUGAGUUAUUCCUGAGAAAUAAUGUAUAAAAGAAUUAAUGAAAAAGAAAUUAAAAAUAUUGUGUAAUAAUUUAACGUAUAGUUCAGGAAAGGAUGUACGAAGAAAAAGAUGCAAAUUUGUAACUGCAAACAUUUAAAAUAUUUUUCUGUUGAUUCAUCGCUUUUGUUACAACAUCAACUGUCUAUUGUCUAACAAUAAUAUCUCUUCUGCAUGUUGUAUACUAUGUACGAAGAAUAACAAGUAAUAAAAUAAUAUAUUUAUUUUUAUA